AAUAAACGAAUUUACAAUACUGAGCAGUAGUUUAGUGUUACUUCACAGCGAUGACAUCCAGGUACUUGGCAACGAAAUGCAAAUAGAAAAGUAUAAAAACGGCUAACGUAGUCUUACGAAGAGCCCACGUGACCCUUCGAAGCAAUUGAUUGGUUAAGAAAUCGUUCGAUGCGACCCUUAUUUCUUAUGUUUGAAAUUGUGUCCGAGACCAUGUUCGAAGGCAGAAAACCGCCAAAACGUGUUGUUAUGCUGUACAGCGAAAAUAUCCAAAUUGACGUGCAAUAGACAAGUAUUAUUUUUAUUGUAAAAAAGCAAUCAUGGCAAAAAGAAGGUGUCCAUUCGAUGAAGAUUUAUCACCCCAGAUGAAGACUCACAUCGGAGAGUUAGAAGUGCUGAAACAAGAUGAAAACAGCAUGAACAACGUUUAUAAGAAAACUUUACAAGCACUCAAAGAUGGAUCCAAGUUAUAUCCAUUUGGCAAAGGAAAUUCAAAUGUUACAGUUAAAAUGCCAUUAGAAGUGUGCGGAUGUUGUAGAUACAUAGAUUCAAGGAAACCUUGCAGAUGCUCAUAUUGUGAUCAAAUCAUGUGUAAUUUAUGCUUAGUACCAUGUUCCAAAUGUUGUGAAUCAUUCUGUCAGAAUUGUUCAUUGACAGUGUAUGAUACUGAUGAACAGAAUAUGUGCAUGUCUUGCUAUAAGUAAAGUGUUUUAUAUUUAGAAUGUAAAUUGUUUUGUAUAAUAGCCGUUCGUUCUAAAGUAUUAUUACAAAUAGAUUAUUUUUGAUAUUUAUUACAUUAUAAUUUUAUUCGUGUAAAGAAAAUUAUCGACUGUAAAUAAACUUUUUUUUAUAAUAUGGGAUUUUUAAA